CUCCUGUUUCGGAUGGGUUUUGGACAGUCGAGUUGUUAUCUUAACCCUUUCCGCACACUGGCCUCCUGUUCAUGCCCAGCAUUCGAUCGAUCUAUUGUCAUGGCUUCAUCCUACAAGAAAUGUUACUGAUACUUUGCAGAAUAGCUCGAUAGCAACUUCAGACCACACAGUCACUACAAACCACACAAUCGUCUAGCCGGUCUAGCGAUUACAAGAAAUAUCCAACUCUUCAAUUUCCCCACACACAAACAACAAUAUGUUCUCCAAGGCUACUGUGCUUCUGGCACUUGCUGCCAGUGCUUCCGCGCACAUGACCCUCAACUACCCCGUCCCGUACGGCAAGGCUACACUCAACAGCUCUCCCCUUGUCCCUGGUGACUGGCCCUGCAAGCAGCGCACUGGUGUCUACGAGGUCAGCGAGAUGAACCAGUGGAAUGCUGGUGAGACCAAGGAAAUUUCUUUCACAGGCUCUGCAGUUCACGGUGGUGGCUCAUGCCAAUUCUCCCUGACAACCGACUCUGAGCCUACAGAAGCCUCUCAGUGGAAGGUCAUUCACAGCGUCGUCGGAGGCUGCCCCUCCAAUGUGUCAGGAAACCUUCCGGACAACGAGAAGGGCAGCGGUGCUGCUAUCUUCCCUGUGACCAUGCCCGAGUCCGUCCCCGACGGCCUGUACACAUUUGCGUGGACCUGGUUGAACAAGGUGGGCAACCGUGAGUUCUACAUGAACUGCGCUCCUGUACAGGUUGGUGCCGAAGGUGCUACUGCCUCCUCCGCCAACGCUGGUGCUGCUCUUGCUGCCCUGCCAGACAUGUUCGUCGCCAACCUUCCCGACACUUCUUGCACGACAAAGGAGAACGAAGACUUCAACUACCCCGAACCUGGCCAGUCUCUUGUCGAUGGUGCCAGUGCCGAUCUCGGCGACACUCUCUCCGGUGCGGGUUGCGCAGCUAUGACCAAAAUGGGUGCUGGCAGCGGAUCAGGUACACCAACUCAGGCUCCUGGAGCCGGGUCGUCUGCGCCCGCUGCUACCCAGCCCGCUGCCUCUGCGCCUGUUGCCUCUGCGCCUGUUGCCUCUGCGCCUGUUGCCUCUGCCCCAGUCGCCUCUGCCCCAGCCGCCUCUGCUCCAGCCGCCUCUCCUCCGGCUGUCUCUGCUCCUGGUUACUCUGCCGCUCCCGUCGCUUCGGCAUCGCCUGUGGUCUCUGUUCCUGGUAUCUUCGCCCCCGGUGCCUCCUCCGCGCCGGCUGCUUCUGCACCCGCCGCCACUCCAGCCCCUGUGGCUUCUGCAGCUCCUGCCCCACCUGCCGCCUCUGCCGCACCCGUUUCUCCUCCUACUGGCGGCGACUGCACUCCAUGCACCAACGACGGUGCUGUUGUCUGCAUCGGCACCAGCUCUUUCGGCCUUUGCAACCGUGGCUGUGCCGUUGCUCAGCAGCUCGCUGCUGGUAUGGCUUGCACGGACGGUAGCAUCGUUGCUGCUGCCAAGCGCUCUUUCCCUCGCGCACACCUUCACAAGCGUCACGGCGCAGGCCUCCGUCUUCGUUAAAUGCGAAGCACCUCAUCGCCUGACGAUUGUCUUUUUCAUACAAGGGUUUACGGUGUGAUGGUCACG